GGCGGGCGCACGGAGCCUGCACCUGGCUGGGCGCCCCGCUGUGGGCGGGCUCGGCGCGGCGGUUGAGGCGGUUGCCGAGCGUUAGUUCCCGCCUCGCCUGCCGCGGAGGUGCGAGUCUAAGGAGAUGCCUACAUAGAAGAGUGGCUAUAGCCGGUCCACAUGUCUCAGUGCUGAACCAGUUCCUCAGGUAUCCUGGCUCUGGACAUUGCUAUGGGAGAUUGGAUGACUGUUACCGAUCCAGGUCUGUCUACAGAAAGCAAAAGUAUUUCUCAAUAUACCUCAGCAACAAAGAUGUCUCCGUCGAGUUUGUGCUCACAGCAGGUGCUGUGUUCUUCCAUACCUUUAUCAAAAAAUGUGCACAGUUUUUUCAGUGCCUUCUGCACAGAAGAGAAUAUCGAACAGAGCAUUUCCUAUCUUGAUCAGGAAUUGACGACUUUCGGUUUUCCUUCGUUAUAUGAAGAAUCCAAAAGUAAAGAGACGAAGAGAGAGUUAAACAUAGUUGCUGUGUUAAAUUGUAUGAACGAGCUGCUUGUGCUUCAGCGGAAGAACCUUCUAGCUCAGGAAAAUGUGGAAACACAGAAUCUGAAACUGGGAAGUGAUAUGGACCACCUGCAGAACUGCUAUGCAAAACUUAAGGAGCAACUGGAAACCUCCAGGAGGGAGAUGAUUGGGCUUCAGGAAAGAGACAGACAAUUACAGUGCAGGAACAGGAAUCUGCAUCAGCUGCUGAAGAAUGAGAAAGACGAGGUACAAAAAUUACAAAAUAUCAUAGCAAGUCGAGCUACUCAAUAUAAUCAUGACAUGAAGAGAAAAGAGCGUGAAUACAAUAAACUAAAGGAGCGCCUGCAUCAACUUGUUAUGAACAAGAAGGAUAAAAAAAUAGCCAUGGAUGUGUUAAAUUACGUGGGGAGAGCUGAUGGAAAGCGAGGCUCCUGGAGGACUGGUAAAACGGAAGCCAGGAAUGAAGAUGAAAUGUAUAAAAUUCUCUUGAAUGAUUAUGAAUACCGCCAGAAACAAGUUCUAAUGGAAAAUGCUGAACUGAAGAAGGUGCUGCAGCAAAUGAAGAAGGAGAUGAUUUCUCUUCUUUCUCCUCAAAAGAAGAGACCCAGGGAAGGAGCCGAUGACGGCACCGGCACCGUUAUCUCUGACAUUGAAGAAGAUGCUGGGGAGCUGAGCAGAGAGAACAUGUGGGACCUUUCCUGUGACACUGUGAGAGAGCAGCUUACAAACAGCAUCAGAAAGCAGUGGAGAAUUCUGAAAAGUCACGUGGAAAAACUCGAUAACCAAGUUUCAAAGGUACACUCAGAAGGCUUUAGUGACGACGAUGUCAUCUCAAGGCAAGACCAUGAACAAGAGACUGAGAAACUGGAACUAGAAAUUCAGCAGUGUAAAGAAAUGAUUAAAACACAGCAACAGCUGUUGCAGCAGCAGCUUGCCACCUCGUGCGAUGACGACACCACUUCGCUGUUACGUGACUGCUAUUUGUUGGAAGAAAAAGAACGCCUCAAAGAAGAAUGGUCUCUUUUUAAGGAGCAGAAGAAGAAUUUCGAGAAAGAAAGGCGAAGCUUUACUGAAGCUGCUAUCUGCUUGGGAUUGGAGAGAAAGGCAUUCGAAGAAGAAAGAGCGAGCUGGUUAAAACAGCAGUUUUUAAAUAUGACUACCUUUGACCACCAGAACUCAGAAAAUGUGAAACUUUUCAGUGCCUUCUCAGGAAGUUCUGACCCAGACAAUCUUACAAUGCACUCACGGCCACGACAAAAGAAACCGCACAGCGUGGCGAAUGUGAUGGCUGCCUGCCCGUCACAGCUGACCAAGUCUCUUCCAGCAUCACCUUCUGCUUCAGACUUCUGCCAGACACGGCCCUGUGUGUCCGAACAUAGUUCAAUCAAUGUGCUAAAUAUAACUCCUGACGAGACUAAACGAAAUGAAGUUGGAAGAGAGUGUGCAAAUCCGAAGUGGAGUGUGGUGUCGAGACCUGGGUCGAGGGAAGGCUGCUACAGCAGGUGCUCCUCAACCUACAAAGAUUCUCACGCAGAGAGCGAUAACCUGCCUUAGAUACAUGGACUGGAAUUUUUUCAUUAAUACAUGCAUCAGAUUUCGCAUCUAAGUUAAAACAGGGUGAACCAUAAAGUCAGUCCUCUAACUUAAGGUGGUCUGAGUUGUUUGUUUGGACUUCCCCUGUCUUCCCCCAAAGAGUUGAAAUGCUAAGCUAUUUCAAAGGAUACAAAAGCUUUGGAUAUGUAUUUUAGUAACAGAAGCAUCUGGUUCUGUGAAUAAAGGAAUGUAUGAUGUUUGGAAGGAAACAAAAGCACUAGAAUGCGUUUCCUCUUAUAGGUAUUGAAAAAUAGCACUUUUAGGAAACUGGUUAUUGUAAAUGUUUAAUUUUUGUCCCAAAUAUAGUUGGCAUUGGAAGUUUAGCCUUUACUUGAAUGUAUACUGUAGAUUUUUACAAAGCAAGUUCUAUAUUUAUUAUGUUUAGUGUGAUUUUGGAAUUACCUCUUUCAUAUGUUUUAAAUAAAGUGAAGUUUAUGUAUGUUUUGUACAUAGAGAUACAUGAUUAUGUUAAGAGGCUUUAAGGUUUAAAAAUUUCACACUAUAAUUAUAGUAUCUCAUGCCAGUAAAAGUUUGUUAGUGGUAUUCUGUUUACAGAUAUAUUAGAACCACUGCCAUGUUACAUUUAAAGUUUUUUUUAAGCCAUCUGGGCGAUAAAAGUUCAAAGUUACUCCAGGAAGCUGAGUUUAGAUAAUGAGUGCUACUACAUGACAUUUUUGAGAUUUUUAAAGCAUUAUAUUUUUAUUUUAUAUAUGUGGAUAUUAUAAUUUCUAAGAGGAGUGUUGGUAAUGGAGUAAUAGAGGCAAAACUAAGUACCUUUGAAUAGCAGUAUAAGAAUCGUGGUUUCAGAUAUUUGGAUGAUAGAAGAUGCUCACACUGUCUGGAUGGUGGUAUUUCCUUACCAGAUGGUAUCAGUGCAGUUGUAUCUGUACCAGUCGGGGCUUUAGAUCAUUGCCAGUAAUUUUUUAAUUAAAAUUUUUUCAAUUAGAUACCAUUAAUAAAGAACUGAGGCAAUGUAAAAACAUUGACUUUUAUAAUCCAGAUAUGUUACUCUGGACAAUCUUUCAUUUACAGAACAAUCUUAAGCUUUUUUUUUUUUUCUCUCAUGAUUCUGCUUGCAUGUUUCUUCAUGAAAGUAUGUUUUUAUUGGUAGUAAUAAUAAAUGUAGACCUAGGCCCAAGCUCUUCUCCUGGAUUUUCAUCCAAAAGCUUUUAAGUGCCUAACCCUGCUUGUCUCUGUACAUAGAACCCUACACAAGUCCUUGCUUGAUGUGGUAGUUUAGUCUCCUCUGCCUUCCUCUUUCCUAGAAGCUCAGCCAUUUACAUACACAAACCCUGUUUGUAGCUGUUGCAUUUAAAUUCAUCACACUACCCAAAAAAGAAAACUUGUGUUGUCCAUUCACUAUGUAUGACUGUGGAAUUAUGUAGCAACAGCCGUUUUUCUAGGGCUGAUAAGAUCACUAUCUAACGAGGCUUUGUUACUGAAUAAAUGUACUGAGUAGUAACCAUACUUCUAGUUCUAAGAGCUAGCUGAGCUCUUGAACGUUAGUGAUACCUUCAGCCUGGUGCACGAUCACAAUCACUUCUUUACUCUUUAAAAUACUGCAGCAUUUCAGAACUACUACUGUAUUCCAGAGGAAGGAAGCUAGCUGCUGGGAUAGAAUGGUUUUGCUGUUGAAGAAAGGCAAUCAAAGUUCUUUAGUAAUUACUUAUAUAUUUGUUGAGGAUUCCCUUGGGGGUCUCCAUGACAGACUUUUCUAGAAGUAAACGUUCUCAUUUUUCAUCUGAGUCAUGCUGUAUUCUGUGAGGAGGGUUUUCUAGAAAGGAGCAUCUAUCUGGUUUUUUGUUGUAUGUUUCCAUUUCACAGUGGGUUAAAUUAUCGUCUUGGAAAGGAAUGUGAGACUUUAAUGGUAAACGCUCCAGACCUUGUGCUUUUGGUGUUUGCAUUGAUCUGUCAGAAGUUGAGGAUCUCCCUAGCUCACCUUUGGUGUUUGCAUCGAUCUGUCAGAAGUUGAGGAUCUCCCCAGCUCACUUUUGUUUUUCUGUCCAUUCCAGUUCUGAAAUCCCAUAUCACCCAAACUUCCUAGAGAGUUGAAUGGUUUCCAUGUUGGGAAUAUGAGUCUACACGAGGACACUCAGGAUUUCGUUUCUCUUCCUUUGUAGGCAUUUGCAGUGUACAAACAACACAGCCAUGCUGGUGUUAUGACUUGAUGAUAGUGCCAUGGUGUCUCUUGGCUCGAAAGCCUCUGGAUAAUUUGACAGGGUUUUUUUGUUUAUCAAUAUGAAGAUCUGAAACUUUGUACCUCAUUUGUUUUUACAUACUUGACAUAACCAUUUUGAAUUUUCAAAGCAUAAAAAUGGCAGUGAAAACUUGAGAUAGUUUUCUACCUUUAAAUAAUUGUAAUUUGUGGUUAUUAGAUGCUUAAUAGAAAAAUUAAUCACACCAGAAAAUAAUAACUAAGGUUUAAUAAAUGGGUAUUUUCUUACAGAAGCAAUAUAUUAAAUGAUUGGGUUUACAGGACCAUCCACGGCAAAUUGUCACCUCAUCGUAUAAAUGAAAUGCUAUUGUUACUUGGACAGAAUUCUAUGACUCCUACCCUAGCAAACCAGGAUGGUUCAAAAACUUGUGAUAACACAAUUUUUAUGAGAAAAUCUAUUCUAUAGUGCUUGAUAAGGAGAGUGUCUGAAAUUCAGUUUUGACCUCCCCUGUUGACCAUAUGAAAGCUCCUGGGGCCCCCAGGAGAGGCCUUUUAAGUGUGUAUGCGUGGAGCUCUGAGUAGCAAGGCCUUUCUGUGAUUUCCCUGUUGUAAAAAUUCUUCAAAGUGUAUAUACAGGUGUAAAUUGUGUUCUUAGAUUGGAGUUAAAGUAUGGGUCAUGGAACUCUAGUAAACACCCUUUUCCAUCUCUGUGUUCACUCUUCAUUUGGAAAGUUUUGAUGGAGUCCCUGCUACAUGUCACGGUUUGUUACAUCCGUCCCUGAAGAUGAGGGGAUGGGGACAUGCCCUGUCAUUGAGAAUCUCUGAGAGGAGUACCAGCUGUGAAACCUUAGUGGUGAUAAAUCAGUAGCAUAUUCGUCACACAGUUCAGGUCCACUCGCCCAUUGACAGUAAACAUGAAUCCUGCUGUUGUGUGUGAUGGGAAGUAGGAUGGAAGAGAUUUAUUGUUUUACUGGGUUUGUUUUUUCACAAAAGCUGACAUACAAAGCAGAUAAGACUAUCCCCCAGGAGAUGGUGGCUGUCAUCUAGUGGGAAAACAAUUGAAAAGUUGUGAGCUAUGCAGGUAAGGUUAAUGGAACAGGUUGUCCCUGUGCUUUGUCUAAAAAUGUUGCAGUUGAUUGUUUUCCCUCCUGGAGUUGAAUGUAAAUUAGAGUGGAAUGGACUGUUGAUUAAAUUAUUUAAUGUAAAA